AUGAGCCUCGAAGAUGCGCUAGAGGAGGAUGAAAACGUGCUGGUCCAGCUACGCUACCCGGAGCAGCAGAAGAAGUUCUGGGCCUCGUUGGAAGCCCGUAAAGCCGAGAUCGAGGCUCUGGUCCGUGAUCAUUUGGGCGUUGACUGGUGCUAUGUCUGCGCCACGGAAAUUUGGAAGGCAGGCAGUUUCAACGUAGUCCUCCCUGUCCUUAUCCGGGCUAAGGGCCGUCGGGGUAACGAGCGAGUGUAUGUCCGCUUUCCACUGCCACACAAGGUUGGCGAGGGCGAGCAUCCGGGGAACGUGGAAGAGAAGCUGCGAACGGAAAUCGCAACGUACAUAUGGCUUCAGCAAAAUUGUCCGGAUGUCCCGAUUCCCAUUUUGCACGGAUUUGGGCUCCCCGACGGUACCUGCAACACGCCAUUUCUGUCCAGAAUACUGUGGCAGUUGCGAUGCCAGCUGCUUGCCUUCUUCGGCUCCCCAGUCCCAUCUCAUUAUGUACGACGUGGGUUGCGAAACCCCUUCGAUUCUGGAUAUAUGAUCCUCGGCGAAGCCAAGGGGCGCGCUCUUGCUAUCUCUUGGGAAAAGCACCGACAUGACAAGGCCUACCGACAAAGGCUUUUUCGUGACAUCGCGCGUAUCUCUCUGUCAAUGAACAGUGCCCCUAUGCAACGAAUUGGCUCCCUUAGCUUCGACUCAACGGGCGUCGUCAACCUUUCGAACCGCCCCCUGAAUAUGUACCUCCAGCUUCUUGAGAAUGAAGGAUAA